AUGGGCUGCAUCCUGCUGCCGAGCUGCAUCAUGGUGCGGUCUGUGGCCUGGGCAGGUUUCAUGGUCCUGCUGAUGAUCCCAUGGGGCUCUGCUGCAAAACUGGUCUGCUACUUCACCAACUGGGCCCAAUACAGACAGGGGGAGGCUCGCUUCCUGCCCAAGGACGUGGACCCCAGUCUUUGCACCCACCUCAUCUACGCCUUCGCUGGCAUGACCAACCACCAGCUGAGCACCAUUGAGUGGAAUGACGAGACUCUCUACCAGGAGUUCAAUGGCCUGAAGAAGAUGAAUCCCAAGCUGAAGACCCUGUUAGCCAUCGGAGGCUGGAAUUUCGGCACUCAGAAGUUCACAGAUAUGGUAGCCACGGCCAAAAACCGUCAGACCUUUGUCAACUCGGCCAUCAGGUUUCUGCGCAAAUACGGCUUUGAUGGCCUUGACCUUGACUGGGAGUACCCUGGAAGCCGGGGGAGCCCUGCCGUAGACAAGGAGCGCUUCACAGCCCUGGUACAGGACUUGGCCAAUGCCUUCCAGCAGGAAGCCCAGACCUCAGGGAAAGAAGGCCUUCUUCUGAGUGCAGCGGUUCCAGCUGGGCGGACCUAUGUGGAUGCUGGAUACGAGGUGGACAAAAUCGCCCAGAACCUGGAUUUUGUCAACCUUAUGGCCUAUGACUUCCAUGGCUCUUGGGAGAAGGUCACGGGACAUAACAGCCCCCUCUACAAGAGGCAAGAGGAGAGUGGUGCAGCAGCCAGCCUCAACGUGGAUGCUGCUGUGCAACUGUGGCUGCAGAAGGGGACCCCUGCCAGCAAGCUGAUCCUUGGCAUGCCUACCUACGGACGCUCCUUCACCCUGGCCUCCUCAUCAGACACCAGAGUGGGGGCCCCAGCCACAGGGUCUGGCACUCCCGGCCCCUUCACCAAGGAAGGAGGGAUGCUGGCCUACUAUGAGGUCUGCUCCUGGAAGGGGGCCACCAAACAGAGAAUCCAGGACCAGGAGGUGCCCUACAUCUUCCGGGACAACCAGUGGGUGGGCUUUGAUGAUGUGGAGAGCUUCAAAACCAAGGUCAGCUAUCUGAAGCAGAAGGGACUGGGCGGGGCCAUGGUCUGGGCACUGGACUUAGAUGACUUUGCCGGCUUCUCCUGCAACCAGGGCCGAUACCCCCUCAUCCAGACGCUGCGGCGAGAACUGAGUCUUCCAUACGUGCCUUCAGGCACCCCAGAGCUUGAAGUUCCAACACCAGGUCAGCCCUCUGAACCUGAGCAUGGCCCCAGCCCUGGACAAGACACGUUCUGCCAGGGCAAAGCUGAUGGGCUCUAUCCCAAUCCUCGGGAACGGUCCAGCUUCUACAGCUGUGCAGGGGGGCGGCUGUUCCAGCAAAGCUGCCCGACGGGCCUGGUGUUCAGCAGCUCCUGCAAAUGCUGCACCUGGAAUUGA